AUGUCAGACGAUGAUGAUAUUCCCCAGCUCUCCGCUGAAACAUUGGCUGCUCUCUCCAUGUUCCAAGCAGAGCAGCAGCAAAAGUAUGAAGAAUUAAAGUCUGGAAAAAUUGAGAAAAUCGAUGAAGAUUGGCAAUUGAGUCAGUUUUGGUACGAUGAUGAUACGUCCAGAAAAUUGGUCAGAGAAGGCAUCGCAGCCGCACUGAAGAGCGAAGGGAGACCGGCAAGAAUCGGAUGCGUAUCGUCUCCAACGCUAGUCAAGUUUUUCCAUGAAACAGAGGAGUACAAAGAAGGUCAGCUAACACUAACAUUAUUUGAAUUUGACUCUCGCUUCGGUAUGAAGUUUCCAACCGAAUUUGUAUUGUACGACUACAAACAACCAACGCAACUGCCUGCUGAACUUCUUGGAAAAUUCGAUGUGAUCAUUGCCGACCCGCCGUUCUUGGCAGCUGAAUGCCUCAUCAAAACCGCCCACUCAAUUCGUUUACUGGGAAAGGAAAAUGUGAAAGUGAUACUUUGUACGGGCGCAAUUAUGGAAGACUAUAAAAAAGAACACACUCAAGACAUAGACAUUUAUCGUUCGAUUUCUUUUCUAGAGAAUGCGAUUCGAUUGAUUGAUAACAGUAACCGGUAUAAAAGUACCUGCACCGCUUCUCGUCUCAUGGCAAUGCACCGAACUAGUUUCGAACCGAAGCACACUAAUAAUCUAGCCAACGACUUCUCUUGUUUUGCCAACUAUCAGACGAGCACAUUUUGA